GUGGGGGAUCCAGUCGACCCUGGCUCUGUCUCUUUUAUCGCCAGUCUUACUUAAUCGUCACUCGUGUCUUCAACUCAACGGAAUUGAAUUCGUAGAGACCCGAGUCAGGAUUUUCGAUUUAUUCUUGUUGUUCAUUGCUUGUUAUCCUAAUAUUGAUGGGUAAUAGAUCAAAAAUGUUUUCGAUCCUACAAGUGUUUGUUUUAAUUUUUAUCUCUGGUAUCCAAGAGUCAUUGUCACAGUGGAAUCCUGACGCUUGCAGGAAUCCCAAUGGAGUUAUAGGGUCCUGUAUCAACAUCCGUCAGUGUCCAAUACUUUUGAAUAUUCUUCAAUCUCGACCCCUGGACCCUCAGAACGUUAGAUUCUUGCAGGAGUCCAAGUGUGGAUUCGAGGGGCGGGAUCCAAAAGUCUGCUGUGUUGAUCAGCAACAAUCUCAGAGGCCGGAUCCCAGCGAGAAUAACAAUAAUAAUAAUAAUAACAAUGGAAAUAUUGCCUCACGUGCUGAUCUUUUGCCUGAAGAUUGUGGCCAUGAUCUCCAAUUGAGAAUUGUCGGAGGUGAACGAGCGGAAAUUGAUGAGUUCCCUUGGAUGGUACUCCUCGAAUAUCAAAAAUCUACCGGUAAGACAACAGCCUGUGGAGGAGUUUUGAUCAGCAAGCGUUACGUGGUAACAGCAGCCCACUGCCUCAAAGGAAAGGACCUGCCCAAAACCUGGAGACUGACCAACGUACGCCUUGGCGAAUACAAUACGGAUACCGACCCCGACUGUGUCAUGGACAGCGAUAACUCGGAGGUCUGCGCACCACCUCUGAUAACAGUUGGAGUCGAAGAGACAAUUGUUCAUGAGAAUUACCAGCCGCUGGACAGAAAUCAAUUCAACGACAUUGCCCUCUUGAGACUCUCGAGAGACGUCGAAUUUACGGAUUAUGUCAAGCCCAUCUGUCUUCCUAAGACCAACGAUCUGCCAGCGAGAUUCUGGGUUGCUGGCUGGGGAAAAACUGAAUCCAGGAGUUCUUCGGCGAUCAAACUAAAAUUGGCUAUUCCAAUUGUUGAUCUAAGCGCCUGUCAGGGCCGGUACGCAAGCGCUGGGGUGAAUCUUGGAAGUAGUCAGCUCUGCGCUGGUGGCGGGAGGGGGAAGGACUCCUGCAGGGGAGACUCUGGAGGUCCACUGAUGAGUAUGGAAACAGCUGCUGAUGGCACUGGAAAGUGGACAGCCGCAGGGGUUGUCUCUUUUGGACCAUCUCCUUGUGGAAUGGAAGGGUGGCCUGGGGUUUAUACAAGGGUUGCUUCAUUCACGGAUUGGAUUGUCAGGAACAUGAGGCUGUGAGGGAUGAAGAAAGGGAAGAGGGACUAUGAGAAUUCUUAAGACAAAAAUCUAAGGGUUGGUGGGGUUUGAAAGGAAUUCAGAGAAUAAGAAAUUCAGAGCAUAAGAAUGAUAAAUUUUCGGUGAAUAUGGUCAUUUGUGGUAAAAAAUACCUGUUAAUGGUUUUUUAUAACUCUCGAUAUUUCGGAGUUUUGACAGAAUGGAGUUACCACGUAUGAAAAAAUUCAAUAGGCUUCUCCUAUAGGACUUCCUAUAGGAUUUCCUAUAGGUUUGCCUAUAGAACAAUUCUAUGGAGAAUUGAAACACUUUCUAUAGGAUUUCGUUCCCAAGUCUGUGGGAAUUAAGAUUUCCUAUAGAUGAAAGAUCUAUAGAGGAUUCUUUGUAGGAUGACUUAUAGGAUUUUUUAUUCAGGGAGAACAUUGUUUAAAUAACCAUGGAAUAUCUAUAGGAAAGAUGAC